CCGAUAUUCAUUUUCUUGAAAUCUAAUCUCUCUGUUUUUAUACUUUUUCUUGAUUAUACUGUCAAACCCCAUUACCUACUUCAUCUAAAUUUUGAAUCUUGUUAACCGAUUCCCUACUUGUCUGAAUCUUGAAUCUUGAAUCUUGAUUUUGCUGUUAUUAAUGUUAUUUCUUUAGCAGAUCCACAUUGUCCCUUUUGGCCGCUCAUUUGUUUUCUUCAAGAAUUGCGUAUUUAGUCACUUUCUCUAGUUGAAAGAUAAAACCAUAAUUGGUGUAGCAUACUGGACUCAAUACUCCACUAAAAGCAAUUAUGUCUAGAAGGCCCGGAAACCCCACACGGCGCUUUGCUGGUGGUGGAAGCCUCGGAGGCCUUUUUCAUCCGAAAUCGCGCCCUACUCCUUUGUUACCUACUGUCCUUCUCAUUCUUGGUGCUGUCCUUGUUAUUGGCUAUUUCUAUCGAGGCUCAGGUACUUCUGGAACUUUAGCACUCAGCAGGCUUGAAGGUGAAUUUACCUGCACUUCGGAGGUUCACCAGGCUAUACCUUAUUUAAAGAAGGCAUAUGGUGACAGCAUGCGCAAAGUUUUGCACGUGGGGCCUGAUACUUGUUCCGUGGUAUCCAAACUAUUAAAAGAAGAAGAAACUGAAGCAUGGGGUGUUGAACCUUAUGAUGUUGAGGAUGUUGAUGUGAACUGCAAGAAUCUUAUCCGCAGAGGAAUAGUACGUGUGGCAGACAUCAAAUUCCCAUUACCCUACAGGCCAAAAUCAUUUGCUCUUGUUAUCGUUUCGGAUGCAGUAGAUUACUUAUCUCCUAGAUAUCUAAACAAGACUAUUCCAGAGUUAGCAAGGGUGUCAGCUGAUGGUCUAGUCAUAGUUACAGGUUACCCUGGUCACUCCAGAGCUAAAGUCGCCGAGCUAUCCAAGUUUGGACGUCCUGCAAAAAUGCGGAGCUCUUCUUGGUGGGCACGCUUCUUUGUGCAGACCAGCCUACAAGAGAACGAUGCUGCAAUCAAAAAGUUUGAGCAGGCUGCAGCUAGCGAUGGAUACAAGUCUAGGUGUCAGAUUUUCCAUGUUAAAUCAUUUCAUUGACACAUCAAACCAUCGCACAAUUCAAGAGACCACUUCAUUGUCGGUGACUUUUUUUAGCAGGUCUAUAUAAAUUUCGUUUUUGCACCUCCCACAGCCAAAGGGCGAACAGGAAUGAAGAAAACUAUCCUGCAUCAUUUUGAGUAUUCAAUAUGUACAAGAAGAUUAAUUGAAAGUUGAAAACUUUGGUUUCAUACAGCCAACAGAUCAUGUAGUUAACAGGUUUAGUAUUUGGUAUGAAUUUUCAUCUGUAUUAUUUAUUAUCAGGAUGUUGCUGUACCUAGCAUUAAAUUUCUCUGUAUGGUAAAAUCUGCUUCACUUUUCUGUCCAUCUUAUCUAAAUCUCUUGAACCA